UCGGGGUGGCCGCUGAAUAGCAGAGGAGGGUCUUCUAUUCUCUCUUUUGGAGCCGCUGUUGCCUGUUAACGAGCAUUUCCAAGGGGAGAAUUUAAUGUACACAUUAUUGGCGUGUGGACCAAGCCAACAAGUUUGACUUGACUAGAGGGUGAGGUCCAUAAGAAGAUAAGGCAAGGACUACAAGCAUUUGCAGAAAAGCAUCCUGAAAGCAUAUUUCACUGUUCAUCAAUCACUUUGAGCAGCAGUAGAAAAGCAUCUUUUCGUUUCAACUUUCCCCCCUCAGAUCGCCAUGGACAAAGAGCAGAGUCAGGGAAAGAGAAAGAGAGCAGAGGAAGAGAGCAUUGAGGGAGCAUCGACUUCUUCGUUCAUCUCUUCGGUACCCAUAGAUGUAGGUAGGGGUCAAUAUGACGUGUUCUUGAGUUUUAGAGGUUCUGAUACCCGCACGGCAUUCACCGAUCACCUCUAUCACAGUCUAAUCAAGGCAGGGAUACCGGUUUGCGUGUUCAAGGACGAUAACAGCAUCCCAAUUGGCGAGGAAUUUGGUUCACAGAUUCUUGAUGCCAUUACACGGUCUAAGAUUUUGAUCCCCAUCAUCUCGGAAAAUUAUGCUUCGAGCAAAUGGUGCCUCCGCGAGCUCAUUCAUAUCAUGGACUGCAAGAAGAGCACGUCACACAUAGUCUUGCCCAUCUUUUACAAAGUGGACCCAUCGGAUGUGCGGUAUUUAAAAGGAAGUUUUGGGGAGGCCUUCCAUUCGCGUAAGAAGCAUUUUGAUGAGAAGGAUAUUCAGGAAGGGCAGCGAGCACUUAGAGAAGUGAGUGACUUACAUGGAUGGGAAUCCAAGAAAGUUGCUAACGGGCGUGAAGGAGAAUUAGUGGAAAAAGUUGUCGAAACAAUUCUGAGCGAGUUGCGACAAGAUUUUCAGCUUGAUGUUACUAAGCACUUAGUUGGAAUUGAGGAUCGUGUGAACGAAAUCAGGAAAUGGGUGGACACUCCUGCUAGUGUUGCUCGAAUGAUUGGAAUCUAUGGCAUGGGUGGGAUUGGAAAAACGACUCUUGCCAAGGAAAUCUACAAUCAGUUGUCGAAUGACUUUGCACAUCGUAGCUUCCUUGCUGAUAUUCGAGAAACAAUUCACCGCAAAAAAAUUCCUUAUCUACAAAAAAAACUAAUUGAGGACAUAUUGCGAAUUGAACAUCAAGUUGGGAAUGUUGAUGAAGGAAUUAGUUUGAUCAAAUCUAGAUUCAAAGGAAAAAAGGUUCUCAUUCUUCUCGAUGAUAUAGAUGACAAGAAUCAACUACAUGCACUGGCUAGGGAACAAAAUUGGUUUAUGGCAGGUAGUAUGAUCAUUGUUACAACUAGAAAUGCAGGCGUUCUUGAUCAAUCUGAAUUCGAGGGAGUCUACAAGUACGAAUUGAAUGAAUUGGAUCAGAAGCAUGCUUUGCUACUGUUUAAGAGACACGCAUUUCGUACAGACCAUUCUUCGAGGGACUUUGAGCGUAUAUCUCAUGAUAUCAUAUCCACCAUGGGUGGGCUUCCCUUGGCACUUGAGGUCGUAGGUUCAUCCUUGUAUAAAAAAACGAAUCAAAAAGUAUGGGAAGAUGUGUUGAAGAAAUUAAAAAGCGAACCACAUAGACAUGUCCAAAAGAUAUUGCGAAUAAGUUAUGAUGCAUUAGAAGAUGGACAUAAGCAGAUUUUUCUUGAUAUUGCUUGUUACUUAAUUGGCAAAAAUAGCAUAUUCGCCACGUACAUGUGGGAGGACGAUGGGCUUUAUCCAAGUGAAGGAAUUGAAGAGUUGAAGUCGAGGUGCUUAAUUAAAAUUGGACAUCAUGGUGAAUUUGUGAUACAUGAUCAACUGAGAGAUCUUGGAAGGAGCAUUUUUUGCGAAGAACAAUUGCUUGACAAACAUAGCGGACCAUGGGACAACAACUACAAGGGAACCACAAAAAUACUAAGCAAUCAAGGGGGACGCUGCUGGUUCCAUGACUUGAUGGGGGCAGCUUCAAGCGGAGGCUCUUCUAAUAAACUCCUUUCUGAAGUAAGAUGGCUUCAGUUGGUGGUCAGGGGAAGAGAAUCGCCUCUUCUGACGACCAAUUUGCAUCUACCGAACUUAUCGGUGCUGGAUUUAUCAGGGAGCUGGGGCAUCACAGAGGAUUGGGAAGGAUGGAGGAGUUCAUUCAUGACGGCAAAGCGGCUACGAGUUCUCGACCUUCGCGAUUGCUAUGAUUUAAGAUGUACUCCUGAUCUCUCGGCUUUCACGCAGUUGAAGAUCCUCACCUUGAGAUAUUGUCGGAAACUGGAGCAUCUCCACCCUUCUAUUGGCAAACUCAAGAGCCUCGUUUCCUUGGACUUGUAUGGCUGUGGAAGUCUCAAGGAGCUACCAGAGGAAGUGGGCGAAUUAAAAGAUUUAGAAGAACUUGUAUUAGAUGAUUCUGGUAUUACAGAGAUCCCUACGUCUAUUGGUUCUCUGAGGAAGCUGAAGAAACUGAGUGCCGGCCGUUGUAGGUCACUGAGAGAAAUCCCUAGCUCAAUUGGGGAUUUAAAGAAUUUGCAACACCUGGACUUGAGUGGCUGCAAAAGUCUAAAGGAGCUACCAGAGGAAGUGGGCGAAUUAAAAGAUUUAGAAGAACUUCAAUUAGGUAGAUCUGGUAUUACAGAGAUCCCUACGUCUAUUGGUUAUCUGAGGAAGCUGAAGGAAUUGAGUGCCUACUGUUGUAAGUCAUUGAGAGAAAUCCCUAGCUCAAUUGGGGAUUUACAGAAUUUGCAACACCUGAACUUGAGUGGUUCUGGGAUUGAAAAGCUUCCCAAUUCUAUUGGGGAUCUUUCUUCUCUCCGGCGCCUUGAGCUGCGUCGCUGUGACGAGCUUUGGUCGCUGCCAUGGCUUUCUAGCCUAAUCCACCUAGAAGAACUCCAUCUUUGGGAAUGCCAUCUACUUGAAGACAUCCCCGAGCUUCCCUCGAGACUCUUGAAACUCUGUAUUGAGGAUUGUGGUAAGCUGAUAUUGCUUAAGCUUGACGGAUUGAAGAACUUGGAAAAGUUUUCAAUAAAAAAGUGCAGUUCAAUUGAAAGACUGGACCUUUCACAAUCAAUUCGUCUGAAACGAUUACACGCUGCAGAUUGCGAUAACCUAGUUGAAAUUCAGGGCCUUGAUAAUUUGGAGCUCUUGGAGGACAUAUCUAUAUAUCGCUGCAAUUCCAUUAAAAGGCUUCUCUGUGCAGAAUCACAGUGUUUGAAGGAAUUACGGAUAUUCAUGUGCAACAAUCUAGUCGAAAUUAGAGGUCUUGAUGGUGGGAAGUCCUUAGAAAAGUUGGAUUUUGGAGGAUGCGAAUCAAUGGAGAUGUUGCCAAAUUUGACGGGAUGUGAGAAGUUACAAUCUCUAAAUGUUCGAGAUUGCAAGAAACUUACUCAGCUUCGGGGACUUGAAAAGUUGGAUUUAAUUGAUUUGAAUAUUUCUGGUUGCGACUCAUUGGAAGCGAUACCGAAAUUAUCUGGAAUUUAGAAAUUAUGAAUUAAAGCUGUUUUGCGACUCA